AUGGCAUCCUCCUGAUUAUGUAUAAACUAGUUGUAAAAACUCACUCUCAAUUAUCUUUGUUUACUAGUCUACAUUUAUAAUUAUGUCGUGGAAUUCAAAGACCUGGGCUUGGGUGAAGAAAUAUUUCUCGGUGAACCCAUUGUCGACUGACGGUAUGCCCGCUGUGGGCAAAUUCCGUACACCUGCUGUCGGUUCCCGAACAGAAAAGUACAAGUAUCCCACUACACAUGCAUCCAACGUGAACAACAACUACUAUUUCCAACGUGAUGUUCGUCGAAACUAUCCUCGUUUGGCUGUGUACACUCAAUCCAAGGUCGCUGGUCUUCUUGAAGGUGCUUCGGUCCAAGCUAGCCUUCCUCCCGCUGGUUCUGAUGACCAACCCAUCACUCCUGCCAAGGUGACCGAGGAAAAGCCGCUUGUUCAGGUCUUGAACAGCAAGAAGUUGUACAGCAAGCAAAACUUGGCUCCCACCCCCAACUGGGGUCAUGAGGUGAAGUGGGUGGAAUCGUCAGAUUUCGUGCACCCUGGAGAUCCUGCAUUCCCCAUGAGAUGCUACACCAACGCUUAGAUCUGUUUUUCUAUUCUUUCUCCCCCACCCCCCACCCCAUCAACAUAUAUACACGCAACGCAACGCAAUUACAUACAAUCAAAAAAUUAAAAAACCAAGAAAGGCGGGUCUCCGGUGUGUGUUCUGUCAAAACUUGAUUACUGCAUGCGUCAAUUGCUUCGAGACGUUUCCGAUUAUAGAAAAGGCGGGGCAUUGGGAGGAGAGCUGUGGGGAGCAUAUGGAAUCUCUGAUGAUAGCAGUCAGCGGGAAGAAUUCCCGCCAAAUUAUAAAAAAGAUAGGAGAGAGUUGCUGUGAAUGCAUCAUCAUCUUGCAACAAUGGUGCUGCUCGGACACAUACCUUCCGUGGCUGAUAGUGCAUAACCCUUUUUUGUUCUGGGUAAAAUUGCAGCUGAUAUAAAACAAACGAUCUCAGAACGGGCGCUCUCCAUGCUUGG